AUGUCUGAGCCUUCAAGACCUUCCGAGGCGCCAUCCACGAUCAAGCGGAAGAGAAGAAACAAAGCAGCUUACAAGGAUGAGUCAACGAAAAACCGAAGGCAAAAAAGGAACAAUGUGCAGAGAUAUGACGCGUUUACUGUGAAAAAAGCAACACCUUUUGGAGGCACCGAAAUCGCCAGAGUUGAUAAGCAAGAGGGAAUUCAUUCUCAAGCAUGGGUAAACGCAAUAAAACCACAGCCGAAAUCAGGAUUUUUGUGUCUGCCUUUGGAGUUGAGGAAUAAAAUUUAUAUUUACGCUCUGACGGACAAUGCAACAUCACCCCUCCUCAAUCCGCGGAAGCAUGGUCGCUUUUAUCGUCAAACGUACCCUUCGAUCAAUACUGAGCACUUCUGCUCUAAGUUGUGUUAUCGCGCCCUAAGACCUUGGGAACAAUUUAAUGAAAUUGCUGAGCUUCCUCCUGACUCGGUAUAUCACAAAUCAUGCCAAACAAUCGAGUUGUACCACAUUCUAGCAACUCUCUGCAGCCAAACCUACCUAGAUGUCAUUGGCUCCGGAAUUCUUUACAAGAUCUCCAAAUUCUUUUUCACUUCCAAAUACCAACUAAAGAACUACGUCGAAUUUAUUAACCCACGUUUUCUUCCUCUUCUCACUCAUGUUUGUUUGACACUUCCUGUUCACCAGAAACAAAUUUCUCCCUUCGAUAAAGCUCUAUUCGACGCGCUAGUCAAGUCCUUGACGCUAAAGAAGCUAGAGAUUAACAUAAUAGUGGCAUGGACUCUUUGCAUCGAAACAUUUCAACAAAUCAAUAAGGAACGAAUCUACCGGUCAGCAGUACGCGACGAAGUGCUGGCUAAGUGGGCUUCAGGACGCUGGGAAAUACUCGCUGACAGCGGACUCCAAGAAUUGAUUAUCAGGAUUCGGUGCCCUACAAAGCGGGUCAUCAGAGACAAGCGAAGUGAAUCUUUCGUUGCGGAUGUAAGAAAGAGAAUAGGGUGCGGUGGCGAAGACGAUGGUCCUGGAAAGUUGGAAGUCUAUACAGGUAAUCUAAGAUUUAUUGAAAAACGGAUGAUUGAUGAGGACUUCAUUAGUCUGUUUGGAUACUAG